AUGGAACCGGGCAACCCCAUUCCUGGUAAAUUCUCGAAACCCAGCACCGGAUCGACAGCGAUCCCAGCUCCUCCGCCGCCGCCGCCGCCGCAGCCGGCGUUGGCGCCACCGACCUGGAACUCCACCGCCGUCUGCUGCAGCAGCAUCUGGUGACGGUGGUGGCGCUGCUUCGGAGCUCCGGUGGAGAAGCCUUCGACCUCCCCCAUGAUGCACCUCAAGAAGGAGGCCUGGUCGUCUCCAGGCAGCGGCGCUGCCGGCUCGGAGAGCAUGGCCUCCCAGUCCAGCGCCCCAAUUUCGAGCCCUGUGGGGAUGGGCAAGAGCUCCGCCGCCGCCCAUUCAUCCCUCCGGCCCGGAGCUUCGUCAGCGGCGGUGAUCAAACUGGUUGUCGGAGACCAUUUCCUCCCGGGAUUGUCGGAGACCGCCGCCACGCCGGUGGAGUCCGCAGAGCCACCGCCGGUGGACGCGGAUGUCGGUGGGCUAGGGCUUCUCCUGUGAUCCAGAACCGACCUGGGCUCUGUCCUCUCCUUCUUCCCGGUGCCCACGCUGUCGCCGCUGUUAGUGGAACCAGGGACGGCGGCGGCGGUGCUCUUCCAAAGGACCUCGUUGCCCUGGAGAUUGAAGGGCAUCCCCCUCAUCACCAGAAGAAAACGGAGGGGAAGAGGGUUCCCUUCCUCUCUCUCUCUCUCUCUCUCUCGACCCUGUCCCUCUCUUUUCUCUUACCUCCUGGAGAAGGGGAUCACCUGGACUGGGGAAGCAUCUUCAUGAAACUCCAUUCCAUCUCAGCUUGCAGCGGCACCCAGAGCAACCCGCCGCUUGGGUCUCCCUCUUUCUUCUCUAAUACCCCUCCUCUCCAACUGCCCUUCCCUUCCCUCGUCCUGUCUCUCCCUCUCUCUAGCUUUUCUUCUCUCCUCUCGUUCCUAGCCGUCUAAUCUAUCCCUCCCAUCCUUCCAGACCUCUCAGCCUUGUACUCUCAUCCUAUUUUGUGUAUUUAUUCGCCUCUCUCUGUCUCUCUGUCUCUCUCUCUCUCUCUGAAACCAGUUGCAGCAGAGUGGUCCUGUGGAGAAGAUGGAGACAGGGAAGGGAGUGGUGA